AAUUUAUUCAAAAUGUGGAGUAUGCAAGAAAAGAUGGCUGCAGCUUUCCCUUUACAACUGCAGUAUAAAGGAAUGGAAAUAGUCUGAAAAUAUGGAGACAUUACUGCUGAAGAAACAGACGCAAUUGUAAAUGCAGCUAACAACUACCUUGCUCAUGGUGGUGGAGUAGCAGGAGCAAUUUCCCGCAAAGGAGGAUAUAUAAUUGACCAAGAGUCUGACGAAUGGGUUGAUAAGUAUGGUGAAGUUCCAACAGGAGAAACUGCAUAUACCUCCAAAGGCAACCUCGGAUGUAAGAAGUACUGAAUUCAUGCUGUCGGUCCAAUCUACGGAUACUCUGGAGGAGAAAACGCAGAGAAACAGCUUGAACUGACUAUUGUCAAUACUUACAAAAGAGCAGAAGAGCUUAAAUGUGAGUCGGUCUCAGUCCCAGCUAUUUCAAGUGGUAUCUUUGGAUAUCCUCUUAAAGAAUGCGCACAGACAUUUGCUAAAAUGACUCGGGAGUACAUUGAUAAUCUCUCUGAAGUUGGCAAUCUCAAGAAAAUAGUCAUGUGAAACAUAGAAUUUAAAACAGUUAAGAUGUUUAGGGAUGCUUUUGAAAAGGAAUUUAAAGACAUCAUAGAUGAAGCUAAACAAUCUACUGAAGAAGCUAAAGAAGAAGUUAACAAAGAAACCCCUCCUGAAGAUACAGCUGUAGAAGCACAAGAUACUAAGGAAGAAGGAGAUUAUGCAGUUCAAGACAUAGAGGAUACCUGUGUCCCUGAAGCAGCUCCAGAGGAUAAUAAAGACACUCAAAAUCUUGAUGUUUCUCCAUAAUCUCUAAUCUAGACCUGAUAUAACUCUUAAUAGAAGGCACAGGGUUUAAAAUUAUUUAUCCAACACU